AUGACUGUCCUCUUCAUCUUCUUCACAAGGACAUCGGCAGAGUGCCGCCCAGCGAUGACUCCUGCCAUGGGUAAUGUGAAUCGAGUUUUUUUACGUCGACGAGAGCUCAAGAUGUUCCUGGAAGUGCAAGGCAAGGAUGAUUUAUUGAGUCACUUCUAUGAGAUUUUGUGGGAGUUAGCUCCAGAAAUGGCAAAGGAAAACAAAUUCUUUGAUCUCAAGAACGAUUCUGCUGCCAAAGAUCAGUCGUAUACAAAAGUCAGCGAGAUGGCACUUCGAGUAAUCUUGCCAUAUUUUACAACCUACGUAUGCAAGUCUGGCUCCUCCACUCUUCUACAGAUAAAGAGCAAAAGUCAGAACCGAUUAGAUGUGGACACGGACAUAGGAUGUGCUUUGUCGUCGUGGAGCCAACGCCAGGAUGAGUCAUUCGGAUGA